UCCUUUAAGACUUUAUUCCAUAUAGGAUAUUUGAUUUGUUUGUUGCUGACGGUGGAUUUGUUUUUAUAUAUCGAACAACAAUUUCUUUUUGCUUAUUCCUCAGACACAAGCCACGUUUCAUCGUAUCGAGGUCCCUUGUUAACUUUUCUAUUUCACCUUAGUACUUUUUAUUUCCCAGAGUUCAUUCUGGCCGGGCCUGUUUCUUCUAAAGGGGAGGAGGACUUCCUCUCUAUCGCUGCCUCGCGCCUCAGCCACAGGAAACGCGUUAUUGGCGCGGCAGUGGGUGUGGCCAUGGUGCUGGUGCUACUGGUCGCUAUUCCGCUGUUGGUCCACAGCACCAAACUGGGUGGGUCUGGAGGCGGAGGUACACAUUAUGAGAUGCUUGGAAGCUGCAAGAUGGUCUGUGACUCUUUAACACCCACCAAUGAACUAACACCUGUUUCGCCUCCUCCUCCCAACACCCCUGGACGCAGAGGAGGAGGCAAGUCGGGUUUUCGUGGAAACCAAGGGCCACCAGGCCCCCCAGGCCCACGUGGGCCACCUGGAGAACCAGGAAAGCCAGGUCCGCCUGGACCUCCAGGUCCAGGCCCAGGGGGAUACAUCCCAUCAUUCUACAGCCCCAAAAUUGCCUUCUAUGCUGGUCUGCGCAAGCAACAUGAGGGGAGUGAGAUACUCAAGUUUGAUGAUGUGGUGACAAAUGUAGGGAAUUACUAUGAGCCUACCACAGGCAAGUUCACCUGCCCUCUCCCUGGAAUCUACUUCUUUACCUAUCACGUGCUCAUGAGGGGUGGAGAUGGAACUAGCAUGUGGGCCGACCUCAAGAAGAAUGGACAGGUGAGGGCCAGUGCGAUUGCUCAGGAUGCCGAUCAGAAUUAUGACUACGCCUCUAACAGUGUGAUCCUGCAUUUAGACGUGGGAGAUGAAGUCUGCGUGCAGCUGGAUGGUGGAAAAGUGCAUGGAGGAAACACCAACAAAUACAGCACAUUCAGCGGCUUUCUCAUCUACCCCGACUAACAAAUACACAAACAUUCCAAAAUAUAAAUAUAUUAUCACAUAUUUAACACCAUCAGGCCAAUUGAUAGACAACAAUAUCUGAUACAAGCGAUACAACAUGAUAUAACGCCAAGAGAAAAACACUGUAAAAUGAACUUCAAAACUGAUAGUAUACUUUCUGGUUAUAGUGACAAAGUCAACAGCAUUGGCAACCCAUUUUAUUUUCAUAUAUGAUGUAAUUCAAAGUGAAACAGGAUAUUUAAAGAGAAAAAAACAUAUGCUGGGACUUGAUUUUAUCCACUGGCAAUUGACUGGACUGUAAAAAGUUGUCUGUCUGUGAGUGGUGCAUCUAAAUUUUGUCUACUUCUAUAAAAAAAAAUUGUUUUAAGCAUAAGCAUAAGCCUCAAUAAAUUUAAAUUAAAGAAAAAAAAAUCUGCCAAAGUAUUAAGACAACUUUCUCUGAAAACAAAUCUUAACAGCUUGAAAAAGAGAAAAAAAUUCUAAUAAAAAAAAAAUCAGUGUAAUUAAAUCAUGAACUAUAUACUGCAAAAAAAAGGUUCUUCAUAAGAAAAGACAGCUUACUGAGCUUAUUUUGGAGAUGAAGCAAAUUAUUACGUUUUAAUGAAAACGUUUAUGUAGACAAACUUUUUUUUCUUUGGAAUAAUGUACACAUUAAUUGAUCACAAUAACACUAUGAAUGUAAAUUAAGAAAGUAAAUAUAAUAUAUUCAAAUUUGAAUUCAUGUUGACUUUAAUCAAGUUAUAGAUGCUUUGUAUUGACUUGUAUUGCUAACAGUCAUCUUGGUCUGAUCAUGGUGUAUUUGCUACUUUUAAGGCCACACUCUAACCUUGAGAGUCUUUUUUUUCCUUUUUUUUUUUGAGCCCACCAAUGGUGGACAGAAUGAUUAUUUAGUUGAUAUUUUUAAUGUAAAUUCCCUGAAUCAGAGUGUCAGGCUUUUUCCAAUUAACACCAUUACAGUAUGUUGUGUGCAAAGCUCA